AUGGAAGGAAUCAAAGGAGGAGGAAGAGUCGGUGUUGGUGUUGGUGUUGACGUUAAUGGCGAUGACCUUGCUGACGGCAUGCAGUUUUGCAGUAAUCAUCGGAACAACAACAGCAACAACCAUGGCGGUAUCUGUGCUUUUUGCCUCCAAGAAAAGCUCGGCAAGUUGGUUUCCUCUUCGUUUCCUUUACCUCUCCGUGCCUCGCCAUCGUCGUCUUCCUCUUCCCAUUCCUUUAGAUCAGAUACUGCUUCCAAUGGCGUAGCCGCCGCAGCUUACGGCGGCGAUAAAAGAGAAGAUGGUAAAGAAUAUCAUGCACGGCGGACCAGAAUGCCUUUCGUUUUAGCGAAGAAGAAGAAGAAGAACGAUCAUGAUCGUAGAGGUGAUGGUGUUAUGUUGAAGAGAAGCAAAUCGAGUGCAAUUCCCAGGGGAAGUGCAAGCAAGUUCUGGUCUUUCCUUUACCUUUCUUCGAAGAAACAAGCCUGUGAAGUUGGUUCUAUCCCAGAACCGGAAACAGCCGCUGGUGGUGUUUCUGACGACGGGAAUCGUAAGGUCUCGAGGUCCAGAUCCGUCGGAUGCGGAAGCAGGAGCUUCUCCGGUGAUUUCUUCGAGAGGAUCUCGACUGGUUUCGGAGAUUGUGCACUGAGAAGAGUUGAAUCACAAAGGGAAGGCAGACCGAAAGCUAGUUCUUCAUGCUCAUCGUCAUCGAUGAAAGAAAGAGUCAAAUGCGGUGGGAUUUUCGGUGGUUUCAUGAUACUAACACCAUCCUCUUCAUCUUCAUCAUCGUCAUCGUACUGGGUUUCAUCAUCUGCAACUGAAGAUCACAUCAAUGGCAAACCAACAACCACCGGCCACGGUGGCCGGAGCAAGAGCUGGGGUUGGACUCUCACUAGUCCCAUGAGAGCUUUCACUAAACCUUCCUCUUCCAACAAAAACAACACCACCACAACCCCAAAUCUGUCCGCAAUCCCUUCAUUAUUAGCCAUCAUGAACUAA